AUGAAUACUGAACCCAUCGAUGUCACUGCACUGGCGUCAGCUGUACUCGUGCGUGCUGCGCCUCUCCCAUUUUGCUCCUCGAUUGCCCCGACCACGUGACUUGCUGACUACGUGUCGAUCCGCGUCGCACAGGCUCAGCGACAUGACCCAGCACAAACACAAGCCCUGCCUUUACCACCGAUCGAGCUGAUCACCCUGUUUUGUGAUGCCAUUCACACAAGCGAGGUGACUACCGAGACGCGUGUACUCGUGCUCAAGGCGCUCCGCAGCUCGUGGUCGAGCGAGGCCAAGGAGGUCAGUUCGGCACUUGUCAGCACCACGUGAACGUCGUCCAUACCUCAGCCAGAGAGCUGACGAGGAAUGCUCAUCACUGGGAUCUAGAUCCACCCAAUACUGCUCUCGACUACGCUCCCUCUCCUGGCCGACGUCUCCAUCGCCGUUCGCACUCAAGCCAGCUCGCUGCUGAUCCACGUCGUAUCGACCGCGUCGGCUCAGCUGGUGACCGACCACGUCGACACCUUGGCCUCGUCCAUAACGAAAUCACUAUCACCCUACCACCUCGUACCUCCGACAUCGUCGGCGCUGCGGCUCGUCUCACUCUCGCUUCGACUCCUAAAUGCUGCGCUGCUCAAGCUUCCUUCGAGCGCCCUCACGGCUCUGCGAGUGGACGUGGUACUGUCCAUCAUUGCCCAUUGGAUAUACUAUGAUCGUGCAAACCCUGGAUUAAAGGGCCCUGGCCUCACCGCUCCACCUGAUCGGCUCAUCUCGCAUCCGACCAACUCACCGUUCACCUCGACCACCACGCCCAAACCCCUGAGCGGCGCCAUGAUGUCAUUCGGCGCCAUGGCUUCGUUUUCACCUACGUCGUCGCCUUCUUCCAGAAAGACCCUGUCUCGCUCCUCCUCUCAGACCUCGCUCAAUACAGUCAGCUCGAUUCACGCCGACACGUACAAGUCCGACUCGGAAACCGACGACGACCAAGCCUCUGUCUCAUCCGAGCAAGCGCCGCGUCUCACCUCGGGUCAUGUUCGCCUCGAUGCGCUUGCGGUGCUCAAAACCCUAGCAUCGGCUCAACCGAAACUUUUGUACCCGAGAUGGAAUCUCUUCUUCUGCGAUUCGGCCUACGUGCGGUCCAAGCCGACUCUGUUAGGCUUGAUCGAAACGGAUCGUUCGGUCACCGUCAGACUGAGGGCGGCGAGAAUUUUGGAGUUGAUGUUCAAAGAAUCGAGAGCGUUCUUGGCGAUCGCAGAGGACCGGUGAGUUGGUUGGCGAGUUUGAUUGCAGGAACGGCCGCAGAGGUCUGAACCAACUCCGCCCUCCGGACUACAGACCGACCAAAGCCUCCUUCACUUCACUCUCUUCCAAGCUCGGCACGCUACUCGCCGAGCUUCACCUCAAGCUCACGUCGCUUUUAUCCGCGCCGUCAGUCACAUCCAACGUUGAACUAUUGCUCGCGCUUCUGACACUCGUCGAGACGCUGGGUAACAAUGCACCAUACGCUCGACUACGCCAAAAGUCUUUGACGAGGGGUCUCGCCAAGACCUUGGUGCAGUUGACGGUCCAUCACGGUGCGUGACUAUAACCCUUCUUCGCUUCCCACUCUUUUGCACGUACUCAAGCGAGUUUCCUGCAGAACACUCGAUUGCGCUCGCAGCCAUGGCGGGCUUGAUCGCUGUCACUCGAUCCGAGCUCCUGUCCUCCGAUCCCGCCUCACUCGAUCUCGCCUCGAUGAUCCGCCAAGUAAUGAUCCUUGCGCCGCAUUCUUCCGACCCCAGGAUCGCCAAGAGUGCUUGGGAGCUACUGUGUCUCAUCACGCCUCAUAUCCCAGAAUCAGAUCUACUACCGGCCAUCGCCUUGUUCGACGCCAUCAUUUCGACAUCCGACGCAACGUUGACGCCGGAGCAAAUUUCGUUCUAUUCUGCGCUGUUCAAAACUUCGACUAUCUUUGUCUCUCCCCCAUCAGAAAGCGAGAAGGAGCGACUAGUCGAACUCGUACGAGUCGCCCUGCGACACCCUUCUCCAGUUCUCAAGGUCACGACAGCUCAGGUGCUCGUGUCCGAGAAAUUCCUCGGUUUCCUCCGGUCAUCGUCUUCGACAUACUCAAUCGACGUAAUACAAGAGCUCCUCGACCUUACCCCACUCACCUCAACGACUACAGAAGAAGAGCAAGACCUCGUCGCCGCAGCCGUUUAUCGCUCGCUCGGCCAAGUCAUCAAAUCCGAUUAUUUCAAUACACUACCCAACGCUGCCUCACGCUUGAGGAACCAAAUUCUGCCAGCUUUGAUGAGGCGGUGCUCAAUAUCGUGUUCCGAAUCCGUCGUCUCGAUGGCGAGUUGGGCCUUUGCAAACUCGAUCGAUAUACUCUUCCCUUCAUCUUCGACAUCAACACCGAGCGAUCUAGCGUUCACUUUGGAAGAAACAUCAGCGAUGUUCAACAUCGCCGAUACUUUCCUCAAGACAGAAACAUGCGAACCGAUUCAAACGAAUGGUAUACGAUCGAUCUGUCUCCUCUUGCGCGACCCAGCGUCCUGCGGUACGCGGUCGUUCGAGGAGAACGUGACGCACACUUUGAUUACGAUCCUUCAGGAUCAGAAAGGGAAGGGGGUCAAAGUGAGGUGGAACGCUGCUACAGGGUUAGGUCAUUGGCUGGUUGGGCUAAAGGAUCGUAAACCAACGAGCUGGCGAGGAGCUUUGAGGGAACUUAUCCUGGACGCCCUCAUUCAGGUCGGAAUCGAAUCGAUCUUGAUCCAUCUUUUACAGCAGUCACGAUCGGCUGAAUCCUCAGCGCCUCAGGUACAACACACGACUGACGCCUGCACGACGUCCGUACCGCCCACGCCACCACUCAUCAUAUUGAACUACAAGAUCUCAAUCCAGUGCGUCCGAGCGCUCCGACAAGCCGCUCCACUGACCGUAUCAGAAGUCGAGCGAAUUCAUCGAGCGAGGAAGGGUAGCCCAGCCCCGGACCUGUUCGCUUUCUUGGAUCAAGUCAAGGGGAAGGAACGAGGUCAUGACCUGUUCGCUUUCUUGGAUCAAGUCAAGGGGAAGGAACGAGGUCAUGCGCAGAUGUUGGGUCAGGAGUUGAGAGCGUUGUUGUUGGUGGUGGAUGUGGAUGUAAGCAGUGGCGAAUAA